GUAACGUUGUUGGCAACCUGGGACACUCCUUUUUCAGCCAGAGCUUCCUUGGAAGUAAAGAACAUGGAGGGUUCUUGUACGUUGCGGCUACGUAUCAGUCCCUGCAAGACCUGGUGCUCCCAACCCCACCGUACUUGUUUGGCAUCCUCAUUCAGAAAUGGGAGACUCCCUGGGCUAAAGUGUUCCCCAUUCGGCUGAUGCUGAGACUUGGAGCAGAAUACAGACUUUAUCCAUGUCCACUUUUUAGUGUCCGAUUCCGUAAGCCUUUGUUUGGAGAGACGGGACACACCAUCAUGAACCUUCUUGCAGAUUUCAGAAACUACCAGUACACGCUGCCUGUGGUCCAAGGCUUAGUGGUUGAUAUGGAAGUCAGAAAAACCAGCAUCAAAAUUCCUAGCAACAGAUACAACGAGAUGAUGAAAGCCAUGAACAAAUCCAACGAGCACGUUCUAGCAGGGGGAGCGUGCUUCAACGAGAAAGCAGACUCGCAUCUGGUGUGCGUUCAGAACGAUGACGGGAAUUACCAGACGCAGGCCAUCAGCAUCCAUAAUCAGCCGAGGAAGGUGACUGGUGCCAGCUUCUUUGUGUUCAGUGGAGCUUUAAAAUCCUCUUCAGGCUACCUUGCCAAAUCCAGUAUAGUAGAAGAUGGAGUGAUGGUCCAGAUAACUGCGGAGAACAUGGACUCUUUGAGGCAGGCCUUGAGAGAGAUGAAAGACUUCACCAUCACGUGUGGCAAAGUAGAUGCUGAAGACCCUCAGGAACACGUUCAUAUUCAGUGGGUGGAAGAUGAUAAAAACUUCAGCAAGGGUGUUGUGAGCCCUAUUGAUGGCAAAUCGAUGGAGUCGAUAACGAGCGUGAAGAUAUUUCACGGCUCGGAGUACAAGGCGAACGGAAAGGUCAUUCGGUGGACAGAGGUGUUUUUCCUGGAAAACGAUGAGCAACACAACGGGCUGAGCGACCCAGCCGACCACAGCAGGCUGACUGAAAACGUGGCGAAGGCCUUCUGUUUAGCGCUCUGUCCUCACCUCAAACUGCUGAAAGAAGAUGGGAUGACGAAGCUCGGGCUGCGUGUUACCCUCGACUCGGAUCAAGUUGGUUAUCAAGCUGGGAGUAACGGACAGCCCCUGCCCUCCCAGUACAUGAAUGACCUGGACAGUGCCUUAGUUCCGGUGAUUCAUGGGGGGGCGUGCCAGUUGAGUGAGGGGCCGGUCAUAAUGGAGCUCAUCUUUUAUAUUCUGGAGAACAUCUCAUAAGAGGACUUCAUUUUCUGUUCAGACCUGUUCCAGCAGCAGUUGUAUCUGAAUCAUUUGCACUUUAAAACUGGAAAAUUAAGCUUUUGUUAACACUAUUGGGGGCGGGGUGGGGGGGAGGAGGGAGGGACAGUUGUUCCAUAAUUCUAAAUCUUCUAUGCAUUGUCAACAAACAGAGGAUCAGGGCAGCUUCUAUACUACAACAUGGCUAUGCUAUCCUUGCAGCUACACUUCUGUUACCGUUUAGAGAAAUGCUCGUGUUUAAAGACUCUCAGUCCUGUACUCUGAAUGCUCAAACGGGUGCGAAGAUCACCGGGGC